CCGAUUGGAAUGUAAUUAAUUUUUAGUUAAAUUUAAUUUACAACUUUUAUAUAAAUGAAUUGUGAUGCAACAUCCGAAGUUAUUGCAUUACCCAAGCAAACACUCGUUCCUAUUAGAUUUUAGAUUAAUCGGUUUCUAAGGUGCACAACAGUAUUAAACUUCGCCCUAAGUUCUGUUAAUGGCUCUGAUAAGAAAUUGGCAAAAAGCCAACGAACCGGAGAGCAAUUCUUAUCUGAGUAGCAGCCAAAAUAAAGCGCACAUCUGGUCGGAGACCAAUGCAGCUGACCUAAGGACCUAACCCUGAGACCCCAAGCAGGCUGACGGGCAUUAUCAGAAUAAUAGAAAAGAGGAGCCUAUAAAAGACGCAGUGGGCCUGAACACUGCAUCAUAAGUAGCAAAAAUGUACGACUGGACGGGCAAGAAUGUGAUGUACGUAGGUGGCUUCACCGGCAUCGGGUUCCAGCUGCUGCACCAGCUGAUGCAGCGUCAGAAGCUUAAAAUGCUUGGCAUAGUGCAUCGCAUGGAGAAUGUGGAGAUGAUGAAGAAGCUGCAGGCGGAAAAUCCCAGUGUAAAGGUAAUGUUCAUGCAAGUCAAUCUGAUGGACAAAGUGUCCAUUGAGCAGACCAUGAAGAAAAUGGGUCAAGCAAUGGGCAACAUUGAUGUGCUACUCAACUGCGAGGAUGUGCUGCUGGACAAAGAUGUGGAGACCACCAUUGGCAUCAAUUUGAUGGGCAUGAUACACAUGACUUUGAAGGCCAUGCCCUAUAUGGACAAGACCCAAAUGGGCCUGGGCGGCAUGGUGGUGAACAUGUCCUCCGUCUAUGGCCUGGAGCCAGCGCCAGCUUUUGCUGUCUACGCAGCAGCCAAGCACGGCGUCAUUGGCUUCACCCGUUCGAUGGGCGACAAGCAUAUCUAUCAGAAGACUGGCGUCAUGUUUAUGGCCAUGUGCCCGGGCCUGACCAACACUGAGAUGAUGAUGAAUCUGCGCGACAAUGUCACAUGGGACCACUCCGAGUCCCUGGUGGAGGCCAUCGAGAACGCCAAGCGUCAAAUGCCCGAGGAGGCAGCUUGCCAAAUUAUCAAGGCCAUCGACAUGAUGAAGAAUGGCAGCAUGUGGAUCGUGGACAUGGGGCAAGUGAAGGAAGUUAAUACCCCGAUGCAUUGGCAAAUGUAAGGCGUACGUCAAAGAAAAACAAAUAAAUAAAUAUUUUGCCUGAUUCACACACAAUAAGGUGUCGUAUGUUCAAAUACCAGUUUUUUGUCCCUUCGGGCUUUGGCGUUAGAUUCAUUUCAAGAAAAAGAAGAUAGAACACGAAAUAGCCUGGACGAUAUGUGGUAAAGUUUAUAAACAGAAUAUUUUUUGCCAUACAAAA